UUCAAACCAUUUCUUCCAUUCAUCAUGUUUUAUAGGAAACACCGUUGCUCCCACUGUAGACGUCAAUCCACCCUCCUCCGUGUUACGAUUAGUGAAUGGCAGCACCAUCUAUGAAGGCAGAGUAGAGGUGUUUGUCAACGGUUCCUGGGGAACGGCUUGCAGCCAUUCCUGGGACAUGAACGAGGCCCAAGUCAUCUGCAGACAGCUUGGAUAUGGACCAGCCAUUAAUGCCCCGGGCUACGCUACCUAUGGCCCGGGUGUUGGUCCUAUUCACCUUGUACAUGUGCACUGCAACGGUUCGGAAAGCUCAAUACUUGACUGCACAUCUUAUUACUCUGAACACUGCUCUCACAGUGAAGAUGCCGGUGUUGAAUGCUCAGCUCCAGUUCGUCUCGUGAAUGGAAGCUCUUCUAACGAGGGUCAAGUUGAGGUCUUCUACCAAGGCGAGUGGGGUACAGUCUGCGAUGAUGGAUGGGACCUUAAUAAUGCUGAUGUCGUCUGUCGCAUGCUUGGUUACCCUUCUGCAUCCAACGCUUGGAGCGGCGCUCACUUCGGUCAAGGAUCAGGUCCGAUCAUGCUAGACAAUGUUAACUGCCAAGGAUAUGAAUCUAGCAUAGCUGAAUGCAAUCAUGCUGGCUGGUUUAGCCAUAACUGUGGGCAUAAUGAGGACGCAGGAGUUACUUGUAACAGUGACUCUACCACUGAACCACCCUACUCCGGCUGCAGUUCAUAUGAGUGGCAAUGCUACUACAACGGUCAAUGUAUUCAAGACUACCAAAGAUGCAACGGU